GAAAGAAUUAAGCAAAGUCUCAAGUGCCUGCUUAAGCUGAGAGACAAGAGCUGUUUCAGAAACACUGGCAAAAUCCUUGUUCUGAACAUUUUUAAGUAGGACACCGAUGCAAAGAAAUGUUUAACUAUGAGACAAAAGGUAGGCAGUCCUAGAAGGAACUGCAAUACCUGAAGGCUGCAUUAUCAUAAACGGCUAAAUUCUGGGAAAAGAUCAAAGGUGGAUGCUGAGAUUUUUUUUAUUGGUAAAGUGGUAGUUUGGAAGCCCUUACGUCAUCUGCAUAUGCUAUGGUGAGAGCUGACAACACCUCAGUUUGUUCUUCAGCUUGCUGGAGGAACAGCCCCUGAUUUCUGUGAGUCACUGCUCACAUCCUGCCCUGCUCCAGCACUUCCUCAUCCACAGCAGAAGCUCCUUGCGGCAGCACGUUUGGAUCUCAGCACAUGCAGAGGGAACACAGGGAGAUUCCACAGAGGACAAAGCAGCUGCCUCCCGUGGAAGAUGAGCAUCCCUGAACAGCCACCAAAGGUGACAGUCCAGGUGCUGGGACAUGUCCAUGACUGAGCUUUGGUUCAACAACAGAGACACAAGUGGCAGCUGAAGCAUCUGGUGAAGCUCCUGACAGAUUCCCCAAGGCUGGAAGGCACAAAAAUGAAAUGGGAGACUGCUCUCUGGAUGGUUGCCUGCUUGCUGCUGGCUUCUCUGCCCAGAGGUCAGCUGGACACCACGUGCCAUGCAUUUGUUGGAGAAACUGUGGUUCUGCCUUGCACCACCACCCCUCCUGGAGACCUGACCCUUUCCAAGUCAAUGCUCUACUGGCAGAUUGGCACCAAGCAGCUGGUGCACUUCUUUCAGAAUGGGCAGGAUUCACUGGAGGGCCAGGAUGAAAAGUUCCACGGCAGAACCAGUCUUUUUCUGGACCAGAUGAAGCAUGGCAACCUUUCCUUAAAGAUCUCCAAUGUCCAGUUAUGGGAUGAUGCUGAAUAUUCCUGCAUCUACAGACAGACUGAGAGCCACCAAACAAAGAAAUCUACAAUUAAACUCAAUGUAUCAGAGCAGAAUCAGAUUCCCUCCGGAAGCCCCAUGGAUGUGCCAAAUCUGAUUGUUCUUCCCCUCUCUUUCCUCCUCCUGGUCCCCCUGGGGCUUUGGCACUUAUAAGAGGGGAAGCCAACCUUGUCUUUGGGAAGUUCUCCUCACCAGAGGACCUUUCUGGGCAGGACAGGUCUGUGGGGUCAGUGUGACACCUGCUCCAGAGCAUCUAGAGCUGAGAACAGACCAAGCAUUAGGUGCUUACGUCCCACAUUCUGGUGUUCCACAAAACCAAGGGCAGCAAAACUCUGAGGUGGCACGUCUGCUUUUGCAUUUGUUUCUUGGAGUCCAGUUUUAGUGCUGCCAGGAUAUACCACUUGUUUUGGAUUGUGUGGGUUUGCUUUAAUGACAGGAGAAAAGGCUCACAAAACUCCAGGAUCAGAUUAUAGCUGAUCCUAGUGAGAUGUUUUGCCUUUCGUCUGCUGUCCUUCAAGACAACUGAGAGGAGGAGUGGGGGUAACUACUCUCUGUGUCAGACAAAAACUGUAAGGAGGAAGACACUUCCAUUGUCUGAAAUGUAAGGAUGGAAAACUUCUGAAACUUGGUUCUAUGGAACUUCAGCUUCUGUUUUCACUCCUAAGCGUCACGGGCUAUGAGUAAGUACCAUUUUUUUCCACAAGAAAUGUAGUAUUUCUUCAGCAGAAGGGUGAAGCUGACCGAGAAAAAAGAAGGUAGAAGUUCAUAAAAUAUCCAUAUAGAGGAAGGAAGUGAUGUAUUACUAUAAAAUCCACAGCCAAAUAAGACAAAAAAUUCUAAAGCCUGAAUUCAGUAUAUUCUUUUUCUGUCAUGAAAUGUGGCAAAGCUGGAUUCUUAAGCUGGAAUUGUGCAAGGAGAAAUCGUUACUGUGACAAUGUUACUUCUGUAAAAACAGUAUCUUUGGAGGGGAAAAAAUAUUUAAAACUCAUCAGAAUUAAUUGUAACUGAUACCAAUGGAAACGAAAGGGUUUAUUUCUAGAAAUGUUCAAUUCAGGUAGCAGAGGUGUCCUGUGCACAACUUGGGUCCAAAGGAUCCUGCAUACAAACAAUGUCAAGGAAGUGCAGAAGUUUUUUUCAGGCCAGAACUGCAACUACCCCGUUUCACAACCAAAAAGCAUCCAGAGAACAGAGCUGGUGACCAGCAGAGACUGAACACGCUGAGCCCUCGGGCAGGGGGAAUGACUCAUGAAAUUGCACACAAAGUCAUUUUGAUUUGGAACAGUUGCACCUUUUUUUUUCCAUUGAAGAGACAAGAUUGUUUUUGCCAGGAAGGGACAGAAUAAAUCAGAGCUUAAAAUGGAUGUGGAGGAGACAGUUACCUUUAAAUUUCUUAACUAAAGGCCCUUUCCCCAUGGUGGGGAAGAGCUGCAGUGAAGCUCAGCUGAUAUUUGGCUACCCUGAGUACAGAGCAGCUCAGUGGAACAGAUGGGGUCCAACUGCACAGAGAGAUUUGAUUGUAAGAAUUGUCCGUACUGUGACUGUCUUUUUGUGUCACAUCCUCCAAAUGUUUGUCUUAGAGUUUGUGUAUUUUUCAAGACACAAUUUGAUAACAAAUAAAAACCUGAAAUAAAACCAAAACCCCUGAUGAGGGCAAUC